AUGAUGUUGCCAUAUUGUGAUCUUUGCAACACAGUGGCAUCGGUGUUUGAACAACAACACCAAAUAGCUUAUGAAUUCUCUAAACCAGCACCACCAUUUUGUGAUUUCACCAACUCAAUGGAGGAUGUCGAGGAGCUGGAUAACAAGAGGGACUAUGACAUCGAGUAUGACAAGAUACUCGGCGUCGUGCCCGUUUCCUCCUCCGCCGACUCGCCAGACGACAUCGAGAGCUUCGUGUCCACGCAAGGGUGGGAGUCUGAGACCGUCGUUGACUACCGUAUCAACGAGGAGGAGUUCCACAAGAUCCGCCUCUUUCACUGCGACUUCUUUAUUCGGAACCCGCCCGACCUCGAUGACAAUGCCUACGACUUCCGAGAGAUGUAUGUUACUCCUCUUGACACGGCUGUCUACUCAAUUCUGAAGGUUUUGGCUACCAUGUCUCAAAAGUACAUUCGGUGUGCAAAAUCAAACUUUGGAAGCUACAAUGUCACGGAGCCACCCAUAGACGCUCCUAGAGAUCCACUGUACAAAACUGAGAGGGAAAUUAUGAAGGAGAUGAACAUGAACGAGUAA